UUUCAAAAAUUUCUGCAACUAUCCAUGUUUUGGCAUCAUUGGUUUAUUGUGAUUUGUUUGACGGCGAAACUUUAUAUUAUUGUUGUAGUGUUUUUGCAACCAUGUCCACUUCCACAGUAUUCUGUUUUUUCUGUUUGACGACGAUUUAUUCCAUCGAUGGCCCGAUUUGCUAUGAUUGGGGAGAUGAAGUUACGGCCUGCUCUAGAAUGAGGCCCAAGAUAUACGACGAGAUGACGGAAAUCGCCGACAAAGAAUAUUUCCGUGUUGUUCCGAAUUCCAAGACUUUUUAUCCGGGUGGAAAGUUAUAUAUUCGCGUGUUUGGGAAAAGCCAAUUCUAUAAUGGAAUCAUAAUGUCGGUUGUUCAUACCUCUGGCGAUGGAAAAACUGAAGGUGUUUGGAAAGAAUCGCACCAAACUAAAUACAGAACAUUUGGUUGCGACGGAAUCCCUAAUUCGGGAAUUGCGGAAGCAAACGACACUAAGCACGCAAUGCCGAUUGAAGCAGAUGUGCUGGUCUGGAAAGCUCCUAACUCGUGCGAUUUCAGCAAACCCUUCUACGAUUUGAUGGCAACUGUCGUCAAAUCACACACGGAAAUUUUAACUGAUUUAUCAGUAAAGCUUGAAUGCGUUCCAAGACCGACGAUUGAACUCGAUCUUUCCUGCGGAUCCGCCUUUGCGCAAGAUUAUACUUUGAUGACAUCGAUGAACACAUCAUUUGAAACUGAUUUUGGUGGAUGGUGGAAUGAUCCGAGCGCAGCAUUGAGAUGAACGCGCCUGAGUGGAUCGACUCCAUCACCGAAAACAGGACCUUCGGCUGCACAUGAUGGAGUAAACUACGUGUAUGCUGAAGCGAGUUUUCCUGCGGCAAAUGGAGAAAUAGCUAUUCUAAAUAGUCCUCCAGGAUUACGCGGAUGCUUUUGCA